AUGCCCAAGCUGAGUGUCCAAAAGGAGCUGCGAAGCUUCGUCGGGCAAGUCCUGCGGGAAGGCGGCGAGGAUCACCUUCUUCCGCGAAGUGGCAAAGGAAAGGGUGGGAAGGGCAAAGGAAGGGGCAAAGGCAAGAGCAAAGGCAAGGGCAAAGGGAAGAGCAAAGGCAAGGGCAAAGGCAAGGGCAAGGCGAAGUCCAGAGCUGAUGAGCCAGGCAAUGCAGGUGAGGACAGGGUGCAGGGCCCGCGUGCGUCCAGGCGGGUGCAGCGCCAGCAGCAGCGCAAGGAAAAGAAGGCGCGGCGAGCGCACUUUUUUGGUGGUCACCGUCAGAACGUGGCAGACGAGAAUGAGGACAAACAACCCGAAGCUGGAAGUAAGACAACUCGAACUCAAAUCCCAACCAGAUCAGCCAGCAAGAGGAAGCGUGUGGAUGAUGAUGACGAUGAGAUUACAUCUGAAGAGUGCCUGCCCGCAGAGCGCGAAGAUGCGAAGGGCGGCACAAGAACGGAAACUGCAGAUGCUGCAGGUGAAGAAGGCGCAUCUGAAAAUGCUGAAUCAGAGAUGGACUCCGGCGAUGAUGAAGUCAGCAAUGCUGGCAGCGAACAGGACGCUGCCACGACCAAGGCUGAAAAUGAUGGCCGUUAUGUUCCUCCGCAUCUGCGAGGCAAAAGGACACAGGACGGCCUGCAACUGCAGCACUUGCGUCAGCUGAAAGGUAUCAUGAAUCGAGUGUCUGAGGGUAACCUGGAUCCCAGUUGCAACGAACUUGUGCAGUUGCUCGGCAAGCUGGUGCCAGCAAUAGGUUCGGCCAAAGCAGCGGAUGAGCUGGCUGACGCUUUGUUGCAGGCCGCUGUCGAGGACCCCGCAAUUUCUGUUCUUGUCUUGGGCUGCUUCGCCGCGCUUGUGGCCGCCUGCCACGUGCUGUUGGGGCCGGCGUUUGGGGCCGCGGCUCUGCUGAAGAGCGCCCAGAUCCUCAAGGAAAGGAUGGCGGCGGGCUUGGAAAAUCGUGAAAAGCUUGCAGAAGCAGAAGAAGAGCUACAGAAUCCUGAUGCGCGUGUUGCCAAAAACAGCAUCAUCUUCCAGAUGCUGCUUUUCAGCUUUGGAGUUCUUCCUGGAAGCGUUGUGUUCGACGUCGUGCGCUUCGUAUUUGCCAGAUCUGCUUCAGAACUCUCUGUCGAUCUGGCUCUUGCAAUCUUGCGAUAUGGUGGCCGCAAACUGCGGUCAGAGUGCCCAGAAGACUUCCGUGAAGUUCUCAAGUUUGUCAACUCAGAAGCAAGCAAUGCAAGGGAAACGUCUGAGGAAGGCUCUGAGAUCAAAUCGCGCUUGGACUACCUGUUGAGAGAGUUGUCCGACCUGAAGAACAACAAAGUUUCCUUUUCUGUUAUGGAUCGAUUCAAGCAAACGCAGGGAUGGCUUCAAACGGCACCAUUGUUAGCAGGAAGAAAGGUGGAGGACCAUGCGCUUUCGGUCCCCUUCCGCCUGCUGCAAGAUGCAGCUCCGCCCAAUUGGCCGUUGCAGGGAGGUGCCUCUACCAUCUUGGCAAAAGCCACACGCGGCGCAGUUUCUGAUCCGCUCAGAGAGGCGGCCAUUGCACAACGCCUGACGUCAGAGCUGCGCCAGAACUUGUUUGUGGCGCUCAUGGGAGCUGAGGAUUUUCAAGACGCAGCUGAGCGCUUGUCCGUCGCAGCAUCUGCUGCGAAGGCCGGCUGUGGCGAGUGUUGCGUCGUCCUCUUUCACUGCGCCAUACGCGAAAAGGCACCGAACGCCUUCUACGGUCAUGUUGCGCAUGCGCUGUGCAGCCUCCCGGCACCUGCAGGGAAAAGAUUCUCACAUGGCAUGAAGCGAGCAGCCGUGCAGCACAUACAGCAAGCGCAUACCUACGGAGUGCGGUCAGCGGUGUGCUUGGCUGAGCUUUGCGCCUCAAUGAUGGUUUCCAGUAGUGUGAUGCUUCCAGUUGCGAUUGUUCGCUUCAUGCGAUUUGGCGGCGACAACGACGACAGCGGCGGGAGCCAGGGCUUGCGUGGCAUUUUGGGACUGGUGCUACGACACAUGGUAGAAUCGCUGCUCCAGCAAGUGCCGGAAUCUCAAGUAUCCAUGCUUUUCGCACCCCUCCGAAAAUAUGAGGAUGUCCGUGAAGGAAUGUUGCUCAUUCUGGACGGGCAUGUUCGUCCACGUCUGCCUGCCAUGGCCAAGAACCCAAUUGUUUGGGACAAGUUUCGAGCAGCACGCAAGGAGGUCACCACUAGAUCUACCAUGGAUUGA